AUGAGGAGGAACCAGCACAGCCAGUCGCAGCUGCAGAUCGAACAGAGCGAAGAGGAUUCCAAGACGUCGUCCCCAUCCCAGAUCCUCGAAAGGGUCCAGUCGGACCGGGUAACAACGACAAAACCUGAGGAGGACCGACGCAGGCGCACGAUCAUCGUCGAGAAGAAGAACGGCUCGUUCGGCUUCACGCUGCAGAGCUACGGCAUCCACUACAAGCGGGAGAAGGAAAUCGAGAUGAUUACUUACGUGGACUACGUGGACUACGACGGACCAGCGUACAGGGCCGGCAUGCGAGAGGGGGAUGUCAUCCUGUCAAUCAACGGCAGCGACAUGGAGAAGGCCGACCACAAGACGCUGGUGAACUACAUCAAGAAUUGCGAUGCGAGGAUGCGGAUGGUGGUGCUGUUUGAGGAUUGCGUGAGGAAGGUGGAGCUGCACAUGAGGUACAUCCAGCUGCAAAGGAUCCUGCAAGCGAAGAUGGAGGAACUCGACCGAAUAUGCAUGCGCGAGCGUCAGCUGCUGGAGGGCAAGUGGAAGACGCACAGCCUGCCGGCCAGGAAGAAGGCGUCGCAGGCGAGUAGUGGCGGGGGGUUGCCCACCCCCACGCAGUCCUCGUACUCGUACUGCCGGCCGACGGUGUCUACGGAAGAUGUGGCCAAGGUGGCGCAGCAGCAGAAGCAGCAGCCCAUGGUGUUCGCCUAUCAGUACCUCGACUCGCAGUACAGGUACAUGCUUCAGCCCUCACCGAGCAGUAGUGGCGAAUACCUCCUCACAUUCGAACCACCUCGUUACAAGGAUCAACAAAAUUUCAUCGUGAAGACUCCCAGCGACCAGAAACAAUCGCGGGGCAAUCAAACAAACAUGGGCAGCCUCGAGAAGCAGAAAAAACCGCCCAUUGCAUAUCCUAGUUAUGCAGGCCAGCUGUGCAGCCCGUGCGUGCAGUCGGCCGGCAGCUCCAGCAACGGCGACAACGCCAGCCUGGACGCCUACGACUUGGCAAGCCCGUGCUGCGACCCGCGCUGCGUGCCCUCCAGGCGCCGGUCGCGCAGCCACAAGGACCAUCGGCGAAGGAGAGAGGCGGAGACUGAGGAGGCGCAGGCGCAUGCGCGAGAGGAGCGAAGGUCGCAGGGAAGGGCUAGGCCGCGCUCGCAGGCCUCGGCGCAGCAGAGCGGCGGCGAGGAUGCGCAGACUGCUUCGUACUCUGCGCCGAAGAGAUAUUUCCACAUAGGAGCAGGCCUAGUGAGUCAAUGCAGCCUUCACUCGUGCACCUCUAGCGAAAUGAGUAACGCAGCGCCUACCGCAGUAGCAGUUGACAGUUCCGCCAACAGCUACACCACGUCCCUCAGCACUGACACCCUGUAUUGGGACGGCUCCUGUGAUACUUCCAAUUCUAGGCAACAUAGCGUCAAGUCCAAUAACAAGCACGAUCACCAAAGAUACUCACAGCAACCAGACACCAUUUAUGUUCAGUAUGGUCAAGUGAAACCCAAGUCAUGGGACAACUUGACAACGAAGGCGUUCGGAGGGUACGGUUUUGGCUAUGGAUAUGUGGAUAUGUCUUCUAAAAGCACUCAAAAAACUGGGAGGACGCAUAAUAAAUCACAGAGCACACAGUACGCAAGGGUUGAUAAGCAGACAAGCACUAACAGUUCCGGUUCCGGUGGACAAUCCCAAUAUACACCACACAGCCAUAGAAGGUACAUUCAGCCAACCAAGUCAACGGAAAGUCUUCUUUCCGUGCCGAAAUACUCAUCAGAAGUAUUGUCCGACUCCAGUCUUUCUUGCGAGUGUUUGGAGGCAGCAUCUCCUGGGCCAGACACUUCGGAAAACAACUUUUUCCAAAAUUCCAGGCAGAGCGUCAUGAGUCCUACGAAUCCGAAUUUCGGUUACUACAGUGCAAGACGCACCUCUAGAAGCGAGUAUCCAAAGAAUGUCUUAACGACGAGUUCCGAAGCGACCAGGCUGUAAUUUUCAAGUUUUUUACGAUUUAUUGUUACUGUAUACCAUUUGACCCAGACUCAUAUGAUGCACUCCUAUUUUGUCUCAUACUUCACUAUUUUUUUUACAUAAUGGAUAUUAUUCCAACUGUCCAACUUCAGAGCACGCCGUACAUUUUUAUACAGGGGUUUUUAUACAAUUAGCGAAACUACAAUUAUAAUACGAAACUCCAUGGCCAGUCGCAUUGGUAGAUGUGACAGAAUUUAUUUUCGUGAAUAUUAUCUGCCGAAGUUUUCGACAAAAUUUGAUCUGCAAUGUUCUGUUUCCUUUGUAGCGAGUCUUCUAUAUAAUCCUCUGCUACUGUACUGGACUUCCAUCCACCAUGUCUUUUAAUUGUAGUAAGACUAGCACCAGAGUCCGCCAACAAACUAGCUGAGGAACGUCGGAAACAAUGUCCAGUAUAUAGAUGGGAAUCAGACAAAUUAAGAAUUUCGGCAAUUUUGGCAGGCAUCUUAAAAAAUGUGUUGAUUCCAACUGAAGUCCUGGCACAUUCAUUUUUAAUGCAUUUUAUGAAAACUCUAGAAUGAUUAAUAUCCACUGGACGAAGGGCUAUGUACUUUUUGUAGUAGUUCAUAUACAAUGUACCACUUACAACAAAGGUGCGUUGCACAUUAGUUUUUGUGUCUGGUAUAUGCACAACUAGUGAAGUUCCGGAAUCCUCGAUAUUAUUUAAUGUCAAAUCGCACAGUUCUUCUCGACGACAGUCUCCAAAAACACCAAAAAUCGCAGCAACUUUCUGCAUUAGAUAUAUUUCAUCUGGGGCUUCUGAGAGAAAUUUGUCGAUUUGUUCUCUUGUCAAUACUUUUGACUUUUUCGGUCGAUAUCCUUCACCCUUUCGCUUCAAAAAAGCCACAAGCUUGUGAUAUCUGCCUAUGUCAUGAUCAUUUAUGUUCAUCAUCGACUUUAACAUAGAGUAAUUCGACCAAAGCGUUGACGAUUUCCAUAUUUUGGACUUUUCUUCAAAGUAUGCAAGAAGCACUUCUUCACUGGCCUCCUUUCCACUGACAUUUUUCUGAUCACACCAUUUCAAGAAACAUUCGUAUGAAAACUAGUACUGUCGCUUUGACUUACUAGGCAAUAAUUCAAUAAAAGCUUUAUUGGCAGCUUCUUCAAUUUGCGGCGGAAGAAAUUCAUUUUCUUGGGCACUUUCCAUUGAGGAACGAAGAAACGAGAAAGAAUAAUUCGUGAUUUAUUGACUUAGUUGUGAAGAGAGAUAAAUCAACAAAUUCAGUUUUUGUUUACCUUGGUAACUUGUGUCAUGAAUAGAUUAGAUCGAAUUGGAUUCAAAACUGAUAAUCUCGAGGCUGUUAUUUAAUCAAUUAAUAAGUAAUGUAAAAUAGUUAUGCGUUGAUUUGGACUUUUAAUGGUGUUUGUAGAAAAAAAAAAAGUAUGAUAUAUGUGCUAAAAGUGCUUUUUCUUUUGUUCGAAGGGGUGAAAAUCUCCGCCUUCGGCGUCGUGUCUCAAACUUCCCUUCUCACAAAAUAAAAUGUCACUUUUAGCACUUAUAUCAUGAAUAACUAUAUUUCCUACAGGCCCUCCCGACGGAGAUAUGGGCCCCUGAAUGACGCCACUGGAAAUCGGUUUUUCUUGAAUAUCUUUCGAAGCGAUGUACAGAAUCAGAAUCCAAUGAAAAUUUGAUAUCGACGGACAAUAUAGUAGAGACCCCUCGAAAUAGUCUCAUUCAAAUAUCACUAGCUUUCUUACUUUAUCAGGGGUGGACUAAGUUAAAUUUUUGAGAUUUUGAACGGAAAAAAGGAACUCAUUAUCGAUAAAUUGAACCGUGUAUAUAGACGAAUUUGUCUGUUAAAUGAUGUUAUGUUUGUUCCUAUUGUAAAAUGUUGACUUGUCCUAUAUCAUGUACACUGUGAUCGAAUGGAUUAAUGAAUAUGACUAUGACUAUGACCAUAGAUCUGACUAACACAUGUCAUAAUAAUAAUACUAAUGUCUCAUACGGCAUUUGAUUAAAGUGAUAUUUCCGAAAUAAUAAGUUCGAACAAGUUUCUAAAUUAUCAUCAGAAAGUGCCAUUUAUUUAGUUGUUGUUCGAUGCUUAAGGUAACAAUAAUUUAUUGUUACUAAUACUAUCUGGGAAAAAUUACUGGAAAUAUGAAAGAGUAUAGGAAAAUGUACCGUGAGUCUGUGUCACAUGGUAUUUAUUUGUUUAAGAUACUGAGUGGGCCACGGAGAACAAGAAACUUGAAAAUUGCAAAACAUGACGGGAAUAUUUUCGCUAUAUUUCAGAGUCAGAACGGAGUGUAACAUAUUCAUAAAAUACAAGGCCUGAUAAUGUGAAUGUGUUAUUUCUUGGGGCUAAAAUUUUUCAACUUCAAAAUAAUCAGUCCUACACAUAAGAUCACCUAUUCAUUUUCUUUACAUUUUCAAAAAAUUAAACCACUUGGAACCAUUUUUUUUUUGUUCGUUGUUUGCAAGAAAAUUAAAUUUGUCAACUUCUGAAAUAGGUAAGUAUCCUGUUCUAGAAAUGCUCAUUCAGUAUCAGUAUAUAUAAGUACGUUUUAGCAAGGUGAUAUUUAUACCAUUUAUUAUUAUUGUAUAUAUGAAUAUAUGUGUACCUCACCCCUCAGCCUAAAGCAAAAUGUUUGAAGUAGCAGAUUAUUCAGUUAAUGUUUGUACCUCAUUAUAUAAUCUUUGAUGAUGAUGUCACUCAUACUGUGAAUUGAAAUACAAUAAAUAAGUAGUGUAAAAAUGGCUUAUUGAUCUUAUUAGAAUCAAUAUUUGAGUGCACAGGGUGGGCGAAAUUGGGCGUUUUCACGGAUAUUUUCAUUCGUUUCAGAGAUACAGGACAGGGAGAGAUUUAAAAAUGACGAUUUUAUUUUUAUUUUCUGAGUUCGUUUUGGCGAGGAAUAUUGAAAAAUUUCAAACUGUCAUCCAUAUAUAGUAUAAUGCAAAUAAUCCAUUGGCAUUAUUAGAAAUGUUAUACAGGGUGACAUAUUAUUUCAUAAGGAAUACUCGCGCCGUAUAUUUUGGCACAGAGGUUUCGAAGUACAAACUGAAAAGGGUAAUAGAUCUCUUAUUUCAGAAAUAUGUCGAUCCACUUUUGAAGAUUGGUGUGGUUAGUACUUCCUAGAAAAUCAAAAUUUUAAGCAUUUCAGAAGUUUUUGGGAAAUAGAGGUUUCAUAAUUGAUCAAUACGGUUUUCAUGUCAUGUCCCUGUCUUAUCUUUUCAUGUGCUAUCAAUUGAUGUUUAAUUGAAAUAAAUACAGGGUGGUGCAGAAUUAAGAUUUUUGAUCACCCUGUAUCUAUUUCAAUCAAAUAUCAAUUGAUAGUACAUAAGAAGUUGAGAUAGAGACAUGAAAACCGUUUUGAUAUCAAUUAUGAAUAGUUUCGACUCAAAAAAUCUAUCAGUUUCCUCCCGCGUGUGAAGUUUGAUGCCUGACGAGUAGCGUAACAUGAUUACCAGACAUUGAAACAAGUUUAGGUACAGGAGAAAAAUAAGUUGAUAUUGUUUAAUAUAGAAAUAAUCAUAUACAAAAUUUUAAAAACAACCUGUUGGUUUCUGAAAUAGUGAAUUUCGCCCUUAUUUUACCCACGCACUGUCUUAUGGUCUUCUGUUAGCAGAAAAAGCGUACAGAGAAGUGCACAAAAAUAGACCAGUGCUCUGUAACUUAUUCUCAAUCUCUUGAGAUCGGAUUUUGACAUCUGGAGGGUUAUAGGAAGUAUACCACAUUGCUAAUUUGUAUUCUGAAGAAAAUAUUUGUUUUAUCACUUCCGGAUGAAGCGGAAGUCGUGCCAACUAUUGAAAUUUUAGUAGGACACCCUGUACAGGGUGGGCCACCAGUAACGC